ACUCCUCCCUCAGUUAACAGGACAAAGUGCUUUGAAAGACUACCGAACACAACAGUAAAAUAGCAGAAGAAACCUACUACAACUACCACUGCUGAAUCUUAAGCAGUAAACUUCCAAAAAGGGAUACAAUGGCAAGACAUACAUGGGUUUGCCUUCUAUUAAUAGUCUGCAUAUUUGUGAUGAUCAGUGAAGCUUCAUUAAGUAAGCCUUCAAUUAAUCUUCCUGAUUGGAGGCCAAAUGCAGAUUAUAUUACAAAGUGUGAUUUUGACAGUGAUCAGUCUCCAUUCUGUGGCUGGAGUGUACAGGGGUUAAUCAGAAACCAUGCAGGACAUGAGCAAUUCUACCUCUCAAGAGAUCCAGUGAGCCCUGUAACUUGGCUAAAGAGUGAGGUUCUGUAUCUGUCUGGAGACUCGUGUCUUGAAUUCUGGUAUUAUAAACCAGGGCAUGAAAGCUCAGAACUGCGAGUCCUGCUAAGUGAUGAUGAUCUCCAAACACAAAUCUGGAGCUCUCUGUACACCGAUGGCUACACCUGGAGGCAGGUGCUCAUUCCACUGAGUUACUCAGAGAUUCCUGUGAAGAUUAUUUUUGAACUUCCACAAAGCCCAGGAAUGGAAGAAACUGUAUUUGACAGGAUUGGAGUACAGCGGGGACAUUGUGACUCUCAGUGCCAGCCAGGCACUCAGUUCUGGACAGAUGAAAUCACUCAGUGCACAUGUAUUGAAAGUCAGCUGUCCUGUGCCCAAAUUGCAUGUGGGGAUGGUCAACCCUGCACUAAGAUUGUUCAGUCCAAACGGUCAAGUGACUCAUUCGCAUCUGGCACCUGCAAAGUUAUGAGUGACCUGCGAUACACAACAUUUGAUGGGGUCAAAUCCCAUUUCAUGGGUCAUUGUAUCCAUGUGCUGACAGAGGUGUGUGAUGAGGCUGGAUUGCUUCCAAACUUUCUAGUGGAGGUGAAGAAUGAGCAAAUAGGCAAAUCAACUAAAUUCCAAAUCCAGCAGGUGAAUCUGAACAUAAAAAGUCUAAGAGUGACUCUGCCAAGAAGAAACAAUAGAAAAAUCAUGGUAAAUGGAAUUUGGAGGAAUCUCCCCCUAAGUAUAGAUAAAGACACAAUAAAAAUCAGUGCCAAUGGACUAGCUGUGGUGCUUCAGACAAACUUCAACCUGUCUGUUUCCUUUGCGAAAUCUGGUGCCCUUCAGGUAACCGUACCAAUCCAGUACUCAAACAAACUCUGUGGUAUGUGUGGCAACUUUAACAAUGUAAUGGAUGAUGAUAAGAACAUACCAGACAGAUCUCUGGUCAAAGACACCCAGAUUAUGGGGCAGAAGUGGAAGAGUGCCAAUUCCUUCUGCCAAGAGCCCACUGUACCAAGCGUGUGCUCAGAAUCUGAGAAGACAGAAUAUGCAAGCAAGAUUUACUGUGGAGUUCUGCUGUCCCAAAAAGGCCCCUUCUCCAAGUGCUCUUCUUCUCUUGAUACUUCAAGCCUCUUCAGGAGCUGUAUAUUUGAGAUGUGUACUACUAAAGGAUAUCAGGAGGCCUUCUGUGAUGUCCUGCAGGCAGUUGAAAAGUCCUGCAGUGAGGUUGGAAUUUCUGUGACUGGAUGGAGAAAUGCAACUCGCUGUUCUCUGUCCUGUGGGUCUAACAGCCACUUUAGUGCCUGCUCCAGUGAUUGCCCUGCCACUUGUUCUGUCCUGGAUGCUGCAGAGGAUUGUGGAAGGCGUCAAGAGAGAUGUGACUGUGAUGAUGGUUUCCUGCUAAGUGGAGGAAAGUGUGUACCUGUGGAAGACUGUGGUUGCUGGGUGGAUGGACAGCACUAUGAGAGAGGAGAGACAUUUAUGGAGGCCGACUGUGAGAGGCUGUGCACAUGUGCAGGCCAUGGCAAUAUUCAGUGUUCAGCUACUUCCUGCCUGGCCCAUGAAGUCUGUAAAGUCAAGAAUGGGGCCAUAGGAUGCUUUCCCUCCAGCCCAGUGACCUGCAGUGUAUAUGGUGAUCCCCAUUACAUCACCUUCGACGGCAAGGCCUAUUCAUUCCAGGGAACCUGCAACUACACUAUUGCUAAAACAUGUAGCAUUGGUGCAGUUCAGUUCACACUAACAGCACGGAAUGAGGGGAUGAGAAACUAUAUGUCUUCAUCUCUUAACUCUGUGGUUCUGGACCUGAAUGGCUUUCACCUUGCAAUCAGAAACAACAAGCUUGUUUAUGUGAAUGGAGUCCAAAUCACUCUUCCUUUUUCACACAGCACCUCAGUGAAUGUGUCCCAAACAGGUCCAUAUGUAAUAGUGGAAACAAACUUUGGUUUGAGGUUCCUGUUCAAUGGAAAUGACCGGCUCUUUGUGCAAGUAGAUGAGAGACACAAGGGCAGGAUGUGUGGACUCUGUGGAACCUAUUCUGGAAGUCAGUUUGAUGACUUCUUGACACCUGGUGGCAAUGUAGUCCCAUAUCCACAUGAUUUUGCUAAUAGUUGGAAUACUCAUGACAAGGACUGGCCUUGUGUCAAUGGCUCUCAGAAUAAACCCGAAUGUUCACCUGAGCUGGACAGCAAGGGAUUUCAGGAGUGUAGUAAGCUGUUUGGAGAUGCCUUCAAAGCCUGCCACUGGUUCGUGCCCCCUCAGAUCUAUGUGAACAGCUGUGUGCAAGACUAUUGCACCUCAGGGGGGGAGCAGACCCAGCUAUGUACUUCUUUACAAAAUUAUGUGGCAGCCUGUGAAGUGGCUGAGGUGUUUCUGGGAGACUGGUGGAAGGGCACAGUCUGUGAUGUUCCAACCACACCAACAACAGUAGAAACAAACAUCACAACACCAUCACAACCCACCACCCAAAAUUCCAGUGCAAGUUGCUCAUGGAGCUGCAGCUUUGACCAAGAUGAAUGUGGAUGGGAACAGUUAAUCCAGGACAGUUUUGAUUGGGCAAGAUGGUCUGGAUCAACACCCUCUGAUUACACUGGUCCAACCAGUGACCACACUACAGGAAGUGGCUUUUACAUGUAUAUUGAGGGUGAUGGAGUCUACCAUGGUGACUCAGCACGGAUGAUUAGUCCAGUGUGCAAUACUUUGGGCACCCAGUGCAUGACCUUCUGGUAUCACAUGUAUGGUUGGGCAACAUCCAUGAUGCUUAAUGUUUACCUGCUAGAAGAGAACCAUGCCACCAAAAUAUGGUCUAGAGAUAAUAGUCAAGGCAACCACUGGCACCUAGCUCAAACUGAGAUCAACCCAAUGGGACCAUUCCAGAUUAUUGUGGAAGGCAUUAGGGGUUCAAAUGCUCAAUCAGAUGUGGCAUGGGAUGAUGUUAUCAUAGUACAUGGAAAAUGUAGAGCAGUUAGCGUAAUGCCAGAACCUGAGGUACCAUCACCAACCAGUGGAGACCUGUCUAUUACUACCUCAGUGUGUGGAAUCAACUGCAAUUUUGACAACAAUCUUUGCACAUGGACACAACUGUUGACCGAUGUUUUUGAUUGGACGAGACACAGCGGUCCCACCCCUACAUCAAUGUCUGGGCCCUUGUCUGAUCACACAACAGGAACUGGUUACUACCUGUACAUUGAGGGUGACAGCGCCGUUCAUGGAGACACAGCUCGACUCCUUAGUGAGGAAUGCUUUGAUGUGCAACCCCAGUGUCUGCAGUUCUGGUACCACAUGUACGGCUCCAGCUGGACCAUGGGCCUGAGUGUCUAUUUGUUGCAUGGGAAUGUGGCUCAGGAAAUCUGGAGAAAAAGAGAAAACCAGGGGGACAUCUGGCAUCAGGCUCUAGUGGAUAUCAAACCCCAUGAUAAAUUCAUGAUUUUAUUUGAAGGACGCAGAGGAGACAGUGCUAGGUCAGAUGUGGCUCUGGACGACAUAUCUUUAUACAGAGGACCCUGUGCAGGUUUAUUGAGCUAUCUGACUGUUUCACCUGCACCUGGAAAGCCAACACUAAUCCCGACAGUCACCAACCCAACCACAAAAUCUGCAUUUUCACCUGUGUGCACAUUUGACUGCAAUUUUGACAACAACCUGUGCACAUGGAGUCAGUUAGUGACUGAUGUUUUUGACUGGACAAGACACAGUGGAACCACUUCUACAGCAAUGACUGGCCCCUCAUCUGAUCACACAACAGGAACUGGUUACUACCUGUACAUUGAGGGUGACAGUGCCACUCAUGGAGACACAGCACGUCUCCUCAGUGACGAAUGCUCUGAUGUGCAACACCAGUGUUUGCAGUUCUGGUACCACAUGUACGGCUCCAGCUGGACUAUGGGUCUGACUGUCUACCUAUUGCAUGGGACUGUGGCCCAGGAGGUCUGGAGAAAGAGAGAAAACCAGGGGAACAUUUGGCAUCAGGCUCUAGUGGACAUCACGCCCCACGGCAAAUUCAGGAUUUUAUUUGAAGGACGUAGAGGCCACAGUGAUAGGUCAGAUGUUGCUCUGGAUGAUGUCUCCUUACACAGAGGACCUUGUGCAGGUUUACUGAAAGAUCCAACUGGUUUCCCGUUGCCUGAGCUCUCAACAGUAAUCUCUAUAGUCAGCAGCACAACUACACCUUCACAACCACCUACAAAAACCACUACAGUCAUGCCUGUUCACAGAAAUAUCCCUGCACCAGAGAAAUCUGCUUUAUCACCUGUUUGUAGAAUGAACUGCAAUUUUGACUACAAUUUGUGCACAUGGACUCAGUUAUUGACUGAUGUUUUUGACUGGACAAGGCAACAAGGCUCCACCCCUACAAUGAUGACUGGUCCUUCGUCUGAUCACACAACAGGAGCUGGUUGCUACGUGUACAUUGAGGGUGACAGUGCCACUCAUGGAGAUACAGCACGUCUCCUCAGUGAGGAAUGCUCUGAUGUGCAACCCCAGUGUCUGCAGUUCUGGUACCACAUGUACGGCUCCAGCUGGACUAUGGGUCUAACUGUCUACCUAUUGCAUGGGAAUGUGGCCCAGGAGAUCUGGAGAAAAAGAGAAAACCAGGGGAAUGCCUGGCAUCAGGCUCUAGUGGACAUCACACCCCAUGAUAAAUUCAGGAUUUUAUUUGAAGGACGCAGAGGAGACAAUGCAAGGUCAGAUGUGGCUCUGGAUGACAUCUCUAUACACAGAGGACCCUGUGCAGAUUUAAUACACCAUCAGACUGUUUCACCUGCACCUGGAAAGCCAACACUAAUCCCGACAGUCACCAGCCCAACCACAAAAUUUGCAUUUUCACCUGUGUGCACAUUUGACUGCAGUUUUGACACCAACCUGUGCACAUGGAGUCAAUUAGCAACUGAUGUUUUUGACUGGACGAGACUCAGCGGUCCCACUUCUACAGCAAUGACUGGCCCCUCAUCUGAUCACACAACAGGAACUGGUUACUACCUGUAUAUUGAGGGUGACAGUGCCACACAUGGAGACACAGCACGUCUCCUCAGUGAGGAAUGCUCUGAUGUGCAACCCCAGUGUCUGGAGUUUUGGUAUCACAUGUAUGGUUCCAGCUGGACUAUGGGUCUGACUGUCUACCUAUUGCAUGGGAAUGUGGCCCAGGAGAUCUGGAGAAAGAGUGAAAACCAGGGGAACGGCUGGCAUCAGGCUCUAGUGGACAUCACGCCCCAUGCCAAAUUCAGGAUUUUAUUUGAAGGACGUAGAGGCCACAGCAAUAAGUCAGAUGUUGCUCUGGAUGACGUCUCCUUACACAGAGGACCCUGUGCAGGUGCUUUUGUUUUUACUACAAACUACAUCCAGUUUCAAGGUUUACUGAAAGAUCCGAUUGGUUUCCUGUUGCCUGAGCUGUCAACAGUAAUAUCUACAGUCAGCAGCACAACUACGCCUCCACAACCACCUACAAAAACCACUACAGUCAUGCCUGUUCACAGAAAUGUCCCUGCACCAGAGAAAUCUGCUUUAUCACCUGUUUGCAGAAUGAACUGCAACUUUGACUACAAUUUGUGCACAUGGACUCAGUUAUUGACUGAUGUUUUUGACUGGACAAGACAACAAGGCUCCACCCCUACAUUGAUGACUGGUCCAUCAUGUGAUCACACAACAGGAACUGGUUACUAUGUGUAUAUUGAGGGUGACAGUGCCACUCAUGGAGACACCGCACGUCUCCUCAGUGAGGAAUGCUCUGAUGUGCAACCCCAGUGUCUGGAGUUCUGGUACCACAUGUAUGGCUCUAGCUGGACUAUGGGUCUGACAGUCUACCUAUUGCAUGGAAAUGUGGCCCAGGAGAUCUGGAGAAAAAGAGAAAACCAGGGGAACGGCUGGCAUCAGGCUCUAGUGGACAUCACACCUCAUGACAAAUUCAGGAUUUUAUUUGAAGGACGCAGAGGAGACAAUGCUAGGUCAGAUGUGGCUCUGGAUGACAUCUCUAUACACAGAGGACCUUGUGCAGAUUUAAUAAACCAUCACAUUGUUUCACCUGCACCUGGAAAGGUGACACUAAUCCCGACAGUCACCAGCCCAACCACAAAAUCUGUAUUUUCACCUGUGUGCACAUUCGACUGCAAUUUUGACAACAACCUGUGCACAUGGAGUCAGUUAGCAACUGAUGUUUUUGACUGGACAAGGCACAGUGGUCCCACUUCUACAGCAAUGACUGGCCCCUCAUCUGAUCACACAACAGGAACUGGAUACUACCUGUACAUUGAGGGUGACAGUGCCACUCAUGGAGACACAGCACGUCUCCUCAGUGAGGAAUGCUCUGAUGUCCAACCCCAGUGUCUGUUGUUCUGGUACCACAUGUACGGCUCCAGCUGGACUAUGGGUCUGACUGUUUACCUGUUGCAUGGGAAUGUGGCUCAGGAGGUCUGGGGAAAGAGAGAAGACCAGGGGAACAUCUGGCAUCAGGCUCUAGUGGACAUCACACCCCAUGGCAAAUUCAGGAUUUUAUUUGAAGGACGCAGAGGACACAAUGCAUGGUCGGAUGUGGCAGUGGAUGAUGUCUCCUUCCGCAGAGGAACCUGUGCAGAUUCAGUGAAACAUUUGGUUGGUUCACCUACACCUGACAUUACCCAAUGGUAAUCUCUACAGUCAUCAGUAAAUCUGCUUCACAGCUUCUCAGAUAAACCAAUACUGUCGGAUCAUGUCAUUCUUUCACAACCUUCAGCACCUGGACCAUAUCAUACCACCUCUCUGUCUCAAUCUGGACUUUUGCCUUAAGUUAACAAUCUUGUCUAACUAAUCACUGAUAUUGAUGAAUCUAUAAUUAUUUUGUUAGAUUGUCUAACAAAGCACAAUUACUUUGUGACUGUGCUUACAUUCAAUUUGCAAGUAAUUGCACUUUGAGUUUUUCUUUCACUUGAUCUAUUUUAUUUUACAUUUACUCACUGUUUCAAAGGGAAAAUCUGUACUUUCUAUUCAGUUAUUUUAAAUAGUAGAAUAAAAUAUAAACUCCAACAGAUGAUGAAUGAUUGCUUGAUAUAUUCCUUUAUAAAUUCUUCAUUUUAUUUGUGGUUGUACCAUGCAUGCAUUCACAGUAUCUCCUUCAAUGUAAAAACAGUGCAUGUGACUUGGUACCAGUUUACAUUUUGAAUUUACCUAAUCACAGCUGCUUUUAGCAUGGAAGGUAGAGUAUGCAGGCAGGUAUAGUAAUAGCGUUCAGAAGUUCCUUAUAUUUAGAUAUUAUUUGCUUGUGUUCCUUGGUUUCUUGUUGUAAUGUGCACUACAACACACUGGAACGGUUUAAGCACUAACCCAGAGAUCUCAAUUCGAUGGGACAAUCUAGGUGCAACACUGAAUCUAACCCCCAGAGUGCCUUAGAGAUAACCUUGGUCUGUCACAUGGGGGAAGAGAAAGCUGACUUAAAAACACACUUAUACAAAGCUCCCCACCUCAUCAACAAGCUCUCGUACAUCAAAACCGGUAUGAGGUACUGUCAGAAUCAGGUUCACCUAUGAAGACACUGUCAGUGGCUUCCUCCACUCCACACUCUAACUCACCCAGGGAGUGUGCUGCUGCACUGCCAGAAUCAUCUCAAUCCACCUGCAAAAACCAGGCUUUUGUGCCAGAGGAAACAGCACCAAAACAUCGGGUAUGCACAUCGCACCAUUAUCACAACUACAGAGGCUUAACCCCUCGCAGCUCUGUUGGUCACCGGCACCGCACUCACCACUGUGUCAACUCAGCACUGAAUCCUUAGCGCCACUCUACUUGUUGGAGACUCAAUAAUCAGGGAUGUAAGAAACAAAAUAAUUAACUUUUUGCAUUCCCAGGGGAACUGUAUGCAACAACAUGGAGAACAUCCCACAGAUUUUAAGGAACAACCCAACAACUGACAAAAUAAUUGAACACACGGGUUCAAAUGACAUUUCUAAACAGCAGUUAGAAGUUUUAAAGCAAGAUGUUCUUCGUCUUCUGGACUCCUCCUCAGUCAAAUUGCAUAUAUCAUGCCCAAUACCAACAAUCGGGUGGGGGUCCAGCUGCUUUAGUAGGCUGCUGGGACUAAACACUUAGCUAGCCUCUAUAUGUGCUGCCCAAGGGGUAUAUUUCAUGGACAACUUUAACUUGUUCUGGGAGCGAAGACAUCUGUUUGAAGUGGACGGAUUUCAUCUGAACAUUGCCGGGACAUGAAUGCUCACUUCCAACCUACUCUACAGCAUCUCCCAUACACUCUUAAAAUCCUUCAGCAGCGACAACAACAGCAAUGCUACCCACAACCCUGGGAAGUGGAUAGCACAGCCACAGUCACCCCUCAGAUCGUCACCAGACUGAGAAAUAUGACUGAAGAAAUGGAUGAAAUGCAUGGGCUUCUAACUAAGCUCAGUCAGCAUCACACCCCAAGAUUUACUCCUUCUCCCACUACAUUUCCAGCAGUCCCUACCAGUGGGCAUAUCUAUUCUGGACAUAUUCUGGUCAUUUGAAAUACUUGGUGGCAUGGCCGUAGGAAACAGAAGAGGUCUUCAAAUACAUGUAAUUUAAUUAAGGUGAACUGUACAAGUAAUUAUUUUACUGAAGAAUCACCUCUCCCUGUUCUUAAAUCUGCAGUACUAAAUGUAUAGUCAUUAACAAACAAGUCUUUUGUAAUUAGCCAACUUGUUGAAAAACUGGAUUUUCUUUUCCUGACAGAAAUAUAGCUCCACAGUAAUUACAAUUUUGUACUUAAUGAAACAUUUGAGUACCUUGCAGUGCAUCUCAAGGGAGAUCAGUCUUUUAUUUUAUUAGUCAUCUAUCACCCUCUUAGAGUUAACAAAUUUUUCAUUGAUGAUUUUGGGGAACUGCUUUCUAAGACAUUAACUGAUUAUGAAUAUGUGUUAAUUUCUGGUGAUUUCCAGGUGAUUUCUUUCAGUUCAAAUGUAUUAACUCUGUUGCCCCCUUAAAAACAAAAACUGUCUCUUGGAUAAUUAAAGCUGCCCCUUGAAGAAAUAGUACCUCCACUGUAAGGCUAAAAAUAGACUGCAGAAGAGCAGAAAUGCAGUGGAAGCACACAAAGCUUAUGGUUCACCAAGCUAUCUAUAAAAACAACUUGAAAAUACUUAACAAAAUGAGUGCUAGAAAAUCUUACUUUUCACGUUUAAUUGACAGACACAAAGGCAACUCCAGAUUCCUAUUCUCCACUAUAGAUAGGCUGCUAAACCCCUCACCUCAAAUAUCAUCAGACAUUUUCACAACUGAAAAGUGCAAUGAGUUUGCAGCUUUCUUCAGUGAUAAAAUUACUAUCAUGAGGAAAAACAUAGUCAGCACUUUUCCUGCUGGUAUGUUUUCUAACUCUUCACCAAUUGCUGUUAAAUGCAAUCUCCUUCUCAAUGGUCAGCCCUAACAUACUUGCUCUGGUUAUAUCACUUUUUCUAGUUGCUCUCUCGACUCAUUACCCACCAGCUUUUUAAAGUUGGUUGUAAAUUCAUUAUUGCCAGACACCCUGAGCAUUGUUAAUCUGUCCCUCCAGCAAGGAAUUUUUCCACAUACCUUUAAGACAGCUAUUGUUAGGCCUCUGCUGAAGAGAAACAAUCUUGAUUCUUCUGUGCACAGUAACUAUAGACCUAUGUCUAAUCUUCCAUUUCUUGGCAAAAUAAUUGAAAAGGUUGUGACAAUACAGCUCAAUAACUAUCUCAACAUUUCAGUCUGGCUUUCGGUCCAACCAUAGCACAGAAACUGCUCUUCUAAAAGUUUUAAAUGAUCUGCAACAAAAUAAGGACUCGGGUAAUUCUACUUCUCAGUGCUGCCUUUGACACAGUUUUAUGCCCAG